GUGAAGAGUGUAUCAAAUGGCUAAAAGAAAAUGAUGAGCCCCAAGAAGAAGUGAUACAGAAGUGGAAGGAAACAUUUGCGCAAAGACGUUUGUGUGACAACGUUAAUUAUUACUUUUCUCAGUAUAAAUGUUUGCGAUCGCCGAUUGGACAUAUUUUGAUUUCUCAAGAUUUUGAUGCUGUGUAUCCAGAUUCAGUUAAAAUCUUUACCGAUUCUUGGGAUGAUGUUUCGAAAUUAAUAGUGUCGUAUGCAACAUCAAAAAAGAAAUUGUUCUUGUCUGAGGAAGUAUUUGUUACAUCAGAGAAAUACUCUAUAUUAGGAUUGCUUUGCUUGCCUCGCCUUUUAGGAGUGCUAUUGAAAAAAAGAAAAGGAUUCGAACCAUUCGGGUGUUGUUCCGAGGAUGUGAAAAACUCUUUCAUCGUUAACGUGCAGACGCAAGAAGAUUUAAACAAGUUUAAGGAACAAAGAACUGCAAAUGCAAAUGUACACGGCAAACCAGUUGGUCCAUACGUUGCAGUUGUUGGAAAUUUGGAAGAAGACGGAAACCCAGAAAUAAGCGUUUAUGUAGUUAUUGAUAACUACAUCUUCAAAGUUGUAACAAACAAAGUAGCAGACGCAGUCGAUUAUUGCUUUAAAUCAUUUUUUGCCUUGAAUAUCGACUUCACCCCCGAGUGCAAACACUUAUGGACUUUUUUACAAAGACAUAUUUAUAAAGUUAAACUAAAAUCUGCUCACCAAUAUACAACCGUAACAAAAUUCAUGGAUGAAUUGAAUAAGUUAAAAUAACUUUUGAUCAGUUAAUGAUUGGGCGCAACUGUGAUUUUAGAGAUAAAAUUUGUUUAAAUUUAAAUUAUUUAAUUAUUUGAAUAAAUUUUUUUUUAUAAGUUUAAUAAUCGUUUAAGACAUCAUGGCUGUUCCAAAAAUGGAUUUGGAAAUGGAAAUGUUAAAAUUAACAUUGGGGUUAUAUAAUAAUCUUUCUAUACCGCGGAAUGUUAUUCAAAUUUUUGUUGAUUCGAUUACAAAUUUUGUAAAUGUUACGUAUCAAAAUUAUAUACUAGAAAAACUUACUGUAGAAUUUAAAGAGCAUCACAAUAUACUUCUUGAUAAAGUCAAAGAAGCCUGUGAUUCAUCAAAAACAAUUUUUGAUAAGUUUCAAACUGAAUAUAAGAGAUUUGCUUUAUAUGAAGAAAAAGGGUUACUGUUUAUGCCUAAAGAGCGUAAAAUUGGUCACAAAUACGUAGAAGAAGUUAAUGAUAAAAAAUUAAUUACAAAACAAUUUGAUCUGUUUGGGCAAUACAUGCCGUUAAAAUGGAGUUUAAAAUUACUCCUCGAAAUUCCCGGUACGUUUCAGUUAUUAAAAAAUUAUAUGGACGAAUUGGAAAAUGAAAAAAAUAUAUAUAGCAAUUUUAUCCAGGGAGAACUUUGGAAGCAAAAAUAUAAGUCCAAAAACAACGAACUUGUCGUUCCAUUAUUUGUUUUUCAAGAUGAUUGUGAAUUAGGUAACGCGCUCGGUCCUCACGCAGGUAAAAAUAAAGUAGGCGCCAUGUAUACUUCAAUACCCUGUUUUCCUUCGCAAUUUGUAACGCAAUUAGACAAUAUUUUGUUAACUGGUUUAACUUACGCUAAUGAUAGGAAAUUAUGUAAAAAUGAAGACUUUUAUAAAGAAUUAAUAUCAGAAUUAAAUGAAUUACGACAGAAAGGUUUAGACAUACUAGUUGGAAACAAGGUAUAUAAGAUUUUUUUCCAAUUAUGUUUGAUUUUGGGCGACAAUCUCGGACUGAAUGAAAUAUUAGGCUUCGUAGAAAGUUUCAAUUCGGGGAAACCAUGCAGAAUCUGUAAGGCCUCUAUUGAUGAGAUAAAAAAUUUAAUUAACGAAAAAGAUGAUCUUUUAAGAACAAAAGAAUCCUACCAACAGGAUUGCGACGAAAAUAAUCCAUCUGAAACAGGUAUUAAUGAAGAAUGCAUUUUUCAUAAAGUUUUUGGUUUUCACGUUUGCGAUAACAUUAUUUUGGAUUUAAUGCACGACAUAUUUGAGGGAACGGCCAGUUUCACAUUGCUUAAAAUCGUGAACUAUUUUAUUUUCGAAAAAAAAUUGUUUUCCCUUGAAUUUUUGAAUCAGAGGAUUCAAAAAUUUAAUAACGAGCAAAUAGAAGUUUCAAACAAAAUACCAUUAUUAAAAAGUGGACACAUUACAUCGAAAGAAAAGUUAAAAAUGACUGCCGCGGAAACGAUGUCCUUUGUAUGAUAUUUCGGUUUGCUUAUUGGAGACAAAAUCCAAGAUGAAGAAGAUGAAACUUGGGCUUUAUACAUUUUGCUUAGAAAAAUCGUGAAUUUUUUAACUUCGCCAAGGUUAGUGGAAGGUCAUAUUAUGCAACUUGAUGAACUCAUUCCAAAAUUUUUAAGUUCGUAUAAACAGCUUUUCAGACAUCUCAAGUACAAAUUUCAUAAUAUGACUCAUAUUACACGAGUAUGAAAAAAAAAUGGUCCUCUUGUACACUUUUGGUCGAUGCGAUACGAGUCAAAACAUCGACAUUUAAAAGUAGCAUCUGGAACUACUUGCAAUACAAUGAAUCUUUUAAAAUCUUUGGCUCUGCGAAACCAACUCCGAUUAGCAUAUUUAAAACUGAUUGGAAAUUUGUCUUAUGAUAACUUAAUUUUUGAUCAUUUCAAGGAAAUCGACGAGUUUUCCAGAAGAAAGUACUUUCCAAGAAGUUGUAUUACAGAUGAAAUUUUUUCAACUGACUGUGUUGAAUCAAACGGAAUUGAGUAUAAAGAAAAAAUGGUUUUUGUAGUUGAAAUGGGACCGAAUGACUUACUUGUUUUCGGAAAAGUUAUCGAAAUAUUGAUUAAAGAAAAGCAAGUAUUUUUAGUAAUGCAACCUUUGGUAAGUAUUUUCUUCGAUGAAAAAUUCUUUGCUUACAAUGUAGUAGCACGUGAAACAUACAUUUUAAAAAAUUGUCUUGAAUUGCCGAACAUUCAUCCAUGUCUAUUAGUAGAAAAAGGAGAAAAUUGUUUCGUUGC